UCUCUAAUUGGACAACGCUCUCCAAAACACGGAAGCCGUCAUCACGCUUCAGAGUAACAUGGCAGACUCCGUCAGCGGUGCGUGUACACGUUCUGUGGAACGUACACCGUUGAAUACGACGAGUUUUCAAAAGAAGACUAGGAACAGGUUAUCAACCAUACCUGGUACAAGACUCUCGGUGCAAAAUGGACAGCUUCUAGUUUCUACCGGUGUCACGUCGCUGGACUUUUUGCUCGGUGGUGGGCUAGCAGUUGGAACAGUACUUCUCAUAGAAGAGGACUAUUAUGAUAGCUACUCGCGUAUGAUCCUAAAAUACUUCCUGGCAGAAGGAGUGGUGUGUCGACAUGAACUCUUCCUUGCCGCAGUUCAAGAUCACCCGAAUGACAUCUUCCAGGAACUUCCAGAUCCCAUUUUAGAUGAUGUUGGCAUUCACAAAUCAGGGGACUUGCCUAAACUGUCUUGUGAACUUCAGGACAGUAUAGAUGCCAUGAAGAUUGCCUGGCGUUAUCAGAAUCUCCCAAAAGUACAGAGUGCUCUUGCAUCUUCAUCUCGGUUUGGCCACUACUAUGAUGUUUCCAAAACAAUGGAGCCAGAAAUCCGCCAGGCAGCCAAGUGCCACCACUUCUACCUUCCAGAGCAUCCCAGCCAGUCAUCAGCCACACACAGCCCCAUGCUUGAGUCCUACUCUGCAUUGCUGAAGUCCAUUGAAGAGGUCAUACGCAGGGAAGGUUUUUAUGUGGCAGCAUCCACGGCCAAGUCACGGAACAUCCUGCGUAUCGGGCUUCACUCGCUGGGCUCACCUCUAUGGGGUGAUGACCUGUGUUACCGGGACAACCCAAAACACAGCCACGCCCUCACUACCUUUCUCUACGGACUGCGGGCUUUGUUGAGAUCAUCCCUAUCAGUUGCAGUGAUAACUCUGCCUUCACAUCUCAUUCAGAACAGAUCUCUAAUGGGCAGCAUAAUCAGGCUGUGUGACAAUGCCAUCGCCUUGGAAUCGUUCAAAGGCUCUGAGAGGGAGACCAGCCCACUCUACAAAGAUUACCAUGGCCUGCUUCACGUGCGCCAGGUGCCUUACCUCAACUGUCUUGCCAGUCAACUGCCUGACCACAAGGACUUGGCCUUUAAGCUCAAGAGGAAACAGUUCACCAUUGAGCGACUACAUUUGCCUCCAGACUUGUCUGAGACGGCGAGUCGUGCGAAGAGGGGGGAACUGGCAGGAGCAGCCACGGCGGCUUCAGCCUGUGGCUCUGGCAACAAGCACCUGGACUUCUAGAGCUGGAGGGGGCGACCGGGCCAGCCACACCUGGAAUGUCUCGGCGGCUUCGGUCUGCCGCCAAGACGUUCGGGAUCUGCCAAUUGCCCCAGCUGGCCAAGGACGUGCCGCGGUUUUCACCGUUCUAUGGACACGCUUCAUUUCAUAUUUUUUAUUAACAAAUAAAAGCCAUCAUUAGGUUCACAGUAUUGUUGUUUAUUCUUCAUGGACAAAUAUUUGAUUUAAGCUUUUUUUUUUUUUUUUUUAGUUACAAGCAAAUUACUAAUUUUGUAGUUUGAAAAUAUAAAUAGCCCCCAUGGAAAAUAGAUAUUUUUCCAGAGUCCGACUGUCACUCUCAUAAAACCUUUAUGAAUUAUACAGGAAAUUAUUGUGCAAAUGGGAGUUCUUAAUCAAAAAUUGAAAAUAGCCUUGGUAAUAUGAAGACAUAAAAAUGGUGAAAUACUUAAUGAUGAAAGCCUAACUUGAAUAUUCUGACUAUGCGCUCCUUCCUUAUCCUAUCAUAAUAUAUAUAUAUAUUUUGUCAUUGUGUUACAAUUCAUUGUAGAUUUCAGUUUGUAAUUUAUAUGCAUGCCAAAAACAACCACUGGGCUAUGGGACCAGUACUGGAGCCGCACAGAGAGCUUGGAAACGUACUUGGUUUUGUUUGCCGAGCAUGAGACGGGGCAACCCCCCCAACCCCCCAACCCCACACACACACACACACACACCAGGUCGAUGAAUAGCUUCUUUAUCCACACAAAAAAAAAUGCACUUUUUUGGGGGGUUGGGUAACAAUCCUUAUAAUAUUUAAACUGCACGGUCAGUUCACAUAUUUCUUUUUUUUAUUUUUUUGUGAUCUUUCUGCCUGGCCCUGAUACUCCUUUACCGAUACGGUAAAAUAAUGAAAGCCGUUUAUGAUUCCAGGAAGCCGUUCGACGCUUUGUGCUGUUCGAACAUUACCUGUCCCGAAUUCUAUCUGUCCUCAGCCUCCUGUCUUUGGUCAACAUCUCACUUGCUAACAGAUCCACGUCAAUCAAAAGCAAAAUAAGUUACACCGUUUUAUUUCACCCCUCUCUCUUUUUUUGUCAUCAUUGUUCCUCCGCAUCAUUCUCUUAGACGGCGAAUCACUUUGACCUUUUCUCCUCAUUGUGUGCUCAGAUUGAUCAAGACCCGUUUGUUAUCCGCUGCACCCCUUUUUUGUGUGCUGCGCAUUGCAAGUGUCGCAUUGGUAUUUAUCUUAAUCUUGAAAGAAUGGGAGGAGGAAGAGCAGUUACAGUGGCAGUGGCCUGCUUGCAGGAAGGCGAGGGUUUGAUUCCUCUGUCCAGUUAUUUCUGCUGCCUGCAGCCAUUGUUCCUUAGAAUUGUUCAACAUGAACGUGUCGUCUUGUGGCAGCCUAAAGGUCAGCAGCUUCUGUCCGAAGCAAACAUGGUGAAGCAGCUUUUAGCUAUUAUGCUGCACACAAAUGGAAGAAGUUGCCAACAGAAGUGAGGUCAGCCCCAAGUUGAAAAGUCUUUUUUUUUUCCUCAUGCUUUUUAGAAUAUAUAAACUUUUUGAUCAUAUUACUUGCACUGUAUGCUGUUUUAAUUGCCUUUUUUUAUAUUUUGUUUGGCAUCUUUAUUGUUUUUAUCCCAUUUUAAAUGUUUUAUCGCUUUGUUUUCAAGUGCCUUUAAUCUUCUAAAGUACAUUGAGUUACCUCGUGUGUGAAUUUGCUAUACAAAUAAAUUUGC